GGUUCUCGCUGCUGUUUAGUGCUGGUCAGGGACUGCUUGGAGCAGUGAGUUAGCGUCAGAGAGCCUGGCGAGAGGAGAGAGUAUGUAGUGUGUGGAGCUAGGCGCAUGGUGUAACUGCAACGACAAUGACUGAGGCAGCCAGCAACAAAUCCUCAAAGACAUCGCAGCGGCUCAAAAAUAUCCGCAAAAACUCCAUCAGCCGCAGGAUUUACUCGGCAGCUUAUGAAGAGCAUGAGAACAGUAACUCGGAGGAUGAUGAGCAGGACGACGAAAAGGCUGACUGCAAGGAUCCAGAAGAAAUCUUCCAGAAUAUUCAGAUUCAGAAAGAAAUUAUCUCUAACAUUCGCUGCAGACCCUGGUCAAUGCGUCAGAAGCUAAAGGCGCUCAGACAAGCCAAGGAGAUUGUAUUGAAAUAUGAAGGCAGAUUGACAAGGACAAGAGGCUAUCAGGCAGCAGGGGCAGAAAUAUGGAAAAAAUUUGGGCGACUCGUGUGUAAUAUCACCGUGCUCUUUAUCCCCUGGGAAAUGAGAAUCAAGAAGAUAGAAAGUCACUUUGGCUCUGGAGUUGCCUCGUAUUUUAUCUUUUUGAGAUGGAUGUUUGGCAUCAACAUUGUGCUGACGAUAAUGACUGGAGCAUUUGUUAUAUUACCCGAGCUUUUAGCAGGCGCACCAUUUGGAAGUAUUCCCAGCAAAACAAUUCCUGCAGGAUACGUAGCAUCAGCUCAGGAUCUGGACACCAUCUGGUCACUUGGGGGCUACCUCCAAUAUUCUGUCAUGUUCUAUGGUUACUACGGCAACGAGAGGAAGAUUGGGAGGGCAGGCUACCGUUUGCCUCUGGCCUACUUCACGGUGGGAAUGGCUGUGUUUGCCUAUAGCUUCAUCAUUCUCCUGCGGAAAAUGGCGAAGAAUUCCCAGUUGAGCAUGGCUAGUGCUUCUGAUGAGAACUACACCUUCUGCUGGAAGAUCUUCUGUGCCUGGGAUUAUCUGAUUGGUAAUCCAGAAGCUGCAGAGAGUAAAACGGCUGCAGUAAUCAACAAUAUUCGGGAAGCAAUUCUGGAGGAGCAAGUGAAGCGGAAAGACAGAAGCUUGGCAGUGGUAAUAAGCUUGAGGAUCCUUGCCAACAUUCUGGUGCUCCUCUCGCUUGCCGGCAGUAUUUACAUCAUUUAUUUUGUCGUCGAUCGCUCACAGGAGUUGGAGCGCACGAAAGCUGAGUUGUCGCUGUGGGAAAAGAAUGAGGUGAGUGUCGUCGUUUCCCUCAUCACCAUGAUCGCUCCCUCGGUGUUCGAGCUCGUGGCCCAGCUGGAGAUGUUACACCCGAGAACCACCCUGCGCUUCCAGCUCGCCAGGGUGUUGGUCCUGUAUUUGGGCAAUCUCUACAGUUUGAUCAUCGCGCUGCUUGACAAGGUGAACAGUAUGAGCAUGACGGAUAAUUCCAAUGAUACGGGCACAGCGUUUUUGGCAACUAGAGUCCUCCCUGAGGAAGAGAGCCUCUCGACCAUUGUCCCUGAGAUUAGACUGAGGUGGAACAGCUCCUUCGGUUCAGAAGACAACAAAACAAAACCAUUAACCAAAUAUAACAGGACGGCUCUGUUUGAUUACAACGUAUUAUCUCAGCAGGAUCAAUGUUGGGAAACCUAUGUUGGACAGGAGAUGCUGAAGCUGUCUAUUAUUGACAUGCUUUUCACUGUGGGUAGCAUCUUACUCAUUGACUUCAUUCGAGGGCUGUUUGUGCGAUUCCUGAGUGAUUGUUGGUGCUGGGAUCUAGAGAGUAAAUUUCCUGAGUAUGGAGAAUUCAAGAUUGCUGAAAAUGUUUUACAUCUGAUAUACAAUCAGGGAAUGAUAUGGAUGGGCGCUUUCUUCUCCCCGUGCCUUCCAGCGUUCAAUGUUCUCAAACUGAUUGGCCUCAUGUAUUUAAGGAGCUGGGCAGUCUUGACCUGUAAUGUUCCACAUCAGCAGGUUUUCCGUGCUUCAAGAUCAAACAAUUUCUAUCUAGCUAUGACUCUGUUCAUGCUUUUCUUGUGUAUGCUACCAACCGUCUUUGCUAUAGCAAGAUAUAGACCCUCUCCAAGUUGUGGACCAUUUAGUGGUCAAGAUAAAAUUUAUGACAUUGUGUCAGAGACAAUAGUCAAUGAUUUCCCUGUCUGGUUUAACACUGUGAUGAGUUAUGUCACUAGCCCUGUGGUGGCUCUUCCUGCACUGCUGCUGCUUUUUAUGUUGAUAUAUUAUCUCCAAUCAAUUGCACGCUCGCUAAAGUUUACCAAUAAUCAGCUCAGGAUGCAGCUCCAAGUUGAAAGAACAGAGGAUAAAAAGAAAGUAUUCCAGAUGGCAGUUGCGCGAUUCCAACAUUUGGAGGAUGGCGACAAGAAAACGGAACGUGAGAGUGAGGUGGACAGCCAGGAAUCCUUGAUUCAAUCAUCACCUCGGAGGAAUGGGAGUGUUGCAAAUGUUGACUCCCCAGUCAGUGCAGGGAGUCACAUUCUGAGUAUUUCACAACAGCUGGCUCAUGCGGAUGUGCCUCAGAUUCCCAGCCUCACUCAUACUCCAACUGCAGCAGCUUCACGACACAAGCGUGAGCAUGCCUUCCCGAGGAAUCCAGGUGGAUUACAGGGAGCCGCAAGUGGGCCUCACAGAGGAAAAUUGUCCUCCAGCUGUGCCACCAAAUUACCGGAAGAUAUUCGUCCUGAUGCCCCUUUUAGGAAGUGUGUCAGACCACUGCACUACUCGCCUGCAGAAGGGGCUCCGCAGAUGAUUCUAGGUCGCAGGGUGCACACGGCACGUUACAUAUUAGUCAAUGAGCGUGAGCCGAGGAAGAGGUUAAUGCGCUCAGUCACUCGACUCCCGAGGCAUUACAAGGUGGACGAGACCAGGGGGGCAGUGGAAAUGUUGCCAAGGAAUCUGAAAAGGUAUGCGUUUCACGCAGGGCACAGAACCAACCCACAGCUGCACGUCAGCGAAGAGGAGGAGGAUGAGGACGAGCUGGAGCGAGGCACGUUUAGCAGGUCUCCACGCCCGCACUCGCUCUCCGAUCUCCACCAACCCACUCGCUUCUACAUCGGGGACAGCAAAGACAGCCGGAUAUUGGUCGGCAAGGACGUGGCCCAGAUCCAGUACGAGUAUGAGGACUCUGAGCCGCAGCAGGAUUGUGCAGGCCCUGGGUCAUCUCACGUUCAGUGGACCAGCAAAGGUCUGGCACCUAGCCAGCAAGGUGCUGGAGCUCCCAUCAAAUGGAAAACGAAACACAAAGCAGAGCAGUCAUUGACGGAAUCGGACUCUGCCUCAAUCGCAUCGAGCAGUGACCAGCAGAACAGCAGCACCGACCAGUACAUUCAGGUCAUUCACACCAAGGAUAAGUAUUUGAAAACUUCCAAUGAGAAUCUAAGCAGGAGCAAGUCAAGAGUAAGCAUUGAACUGAAUGCGGCAGAGGCUAAUGAACUGAUCUGUUCCAAUGUCUAGAAUCAGUGUGUUCAUGUGCACAAUAGUAGUAGUUGUGAGAUAUAUAGGAGAGGGACUUAAGGAGAGGUUAGAUGGGUAGAAUAAGGAGAGAGAAGUAAAAGGAUAUGCUGGUAGGGUUAGAAGAAUUGGGAGUUGACUUAUUUGGAGGGCUGUUAGGAUUAUUGUGAGACACAUUUGAUGAAAUUCAAUGUAAAUCUGAUGUCUGUGAUCUACUUUGUAGUGGGACGCCUGACAAUUUAAAAAAAAAUCUGUAUACUCUUUUAGUUGAUUGCUUAUAACUUAAAGAUGGGUUCCAAACAUACAUGGCUUUUUGUCGGAUAAAGAGCAUGAGGCAAUAUGGAUCAAAGACAGGUUAAGAGAGUUUAAAAUACAGAUCAGCCAUGAUCUUAUUAAAUGAUGGAAGCAUCUGGCAGGGCUGAAUGGCCUCCUCCUAUUCCAAUAUUGCAUUCUCAAAAUUAACAACAGCUGGAGAUAAUUUAAUGAGAUCAGGAGAUUGUGCUGAUUAUUUAAUUAACUCACACCCAUCAUUAACUAAGCUUCACAUUUAGACAUGUUGCAAGAGGUUAGAACUGCUGAGUUAUAGAUAACUGUGAAUCAGUAAGUGUCCUGCCUUGAACAGGAAAUGUCAUUCCUUAGAAUGAAAAAAUAGAAAAAAAAGACCCCGGCAUUUUUCACUUUUCAUUUAAAAGGACAUUGUUCUGGGCAGUCACAAGAUUGUGAGAGGGGUGCAUUCAUUCAGAAAUUGGCACUUGAGACGCCUUCAGAAUAAUCAAUUGCAUUUAUACAGCCCCUUUACUUUAGUAUAGCUUCAGUAUAGCUUCCCAAGAUGCUUCACAGAAGUGAGAAACAGAAAGCUUUAUUAGAACAGUAGAGGAAUCAAGGGUAAUGGGGACAACAUAGGAAAGUAGACAUGAGGAAUGUUGGAUCAGCCAUGAUCCUAUUGAAUGGCAAGGCAGGCUCAAGAGGCCAAACGGCCUGCUCCUAUUUCAUACGGUCUUAUGGACAAAGGCGGGUUUAAAAGGAAGAAGCAGAGGUGGAAAGGUGGGGAAUUCCAGAAUUAGCCCCCAUUAGCUGGGCACAAGGGCAAAAUUUAACUUAACUGAGGCUUGGGUAUAGUAUUUUUGGUUUUGCAUUUUGAAUUUGAACAUGAACUUGGUGAGGUUGUUGACUUUCUCGCCGAGCUGGCUUGUUCUCGUUAAUGAACUUGGCGUAUAUAAAAAAAAAUCUGAUUUCACAACAUGUCAGUUGUAAAGCAAAUGAAAAUGUAUCGUUCAACCGCUCAAUCUUCUGAUAGUCACAUCAUCAACUAUGUCUGUAACUUAGAAUGUAUUCGUAAAUUAUUUAUUACAUGUUUGGAACCCUCUCUCUCUGAAUUUCAGACUCAUUGUUUGUGUUGCUAAUAGACAUAACUAAGAUCCUGAAAUA